AUGACAGGGAAUGGUGCACCCACCUCUGAGGUGCAGUUCCUGAAGAGCGAUGAUACUGAGAUGCCGAGCACCCCCAAAAUCUUGGCAAUGAACAGUGAAAACGUUGAAGCGCUGAGUGAUAAGAUGAGAGUGAAGGAACCCAAAAGCAGCGAGAGAAACGUCAACGCAAUAGAAGCCGUAAAGGAACCAGGAAAGGAUGGUAAGUUAGUGACUCUGGACCAAGCGAAAGAAUGUUAUUAUGAGAAGAAAAGGAAUGACCACCAAGAAGAUGAACUACGAAGUACCUGGUAUGAAACUGCACCAGCCUCAAAAAAAUAUAACGAUAAAAUGCGGAAAUCGCAGAGAGACCUGGUUGUAACUGAGAUUCAUCUCGAGAGGGGCGAAUGCAAUAAAGAGACAGAAUUAAUGGAGAGAGAUUGUGAGAAUGGGUUGGACAGUCGUGAUAAAAUCGUAUCCAUCAAUACCAUUGAACCUAUUAAAAAGAAAGAAGGGUUGAAAUUUGAUAAUAGAACGUGGAAAAAUCAUUAUAAUACAAUUCAACCUAUCUCGAGGGAGCCAGAUGGGUACUGUAAUAAUAACGAUAAUACCAUAUUUGCAAAACAUGACGUGAGGAACAAAGUGGUAAUGGUAUUGACUGGUGACAUCAUAAUCGGGAGUUGUGAUGACCUGGGAGGACCUAGUGAGGAGACAAACGGAGGGUUAAUAAUUGGUAAUGGGAAGUAUGGUGACGCACACAAACUUACCGUGAAAAGAUCUGAUGCAAAUGGAGUGAGAUUGGGGUAUCGUAAUGAUGAAGAGAUGGUGACCAAUGACCCCCCUGAUAGGAAUAAAGUAGAGUAG